AUAGUGCCUUUAGGCAUGCGCACUCCAUUUUGUGAUAAGCAUACAUCAAAGGUACCGACCGAGAGUUGCGCUACUUGUACAUACUGUGAUUACAGUGUAUGGUGUUACGAGAUUGCCAUAGACUUUGUCCCCUUUAGAGCCUCGCGAGCGACGAUCGGGACGUGGCGACCACGAAUCGGCCGAGAUAACCUUUUCCUUCCGGUGCAUACUCCGUGCGAGAUUUUUUCACGCGAGAUUCCCGUGGUCGGUGCGGUCGGUUUCUUCCCCUACGUGUUCUCCGGUGCCGAAAUUAAAGUAUCCACGAUGAAUCGCCUAAUGAAGGUUCUCAGAAGCAAGGAAACCCGUGAUUAUUUUAUGAGCACGCACUUCUGGGGACCAGUUGCGAAUUGGGCGAUACCGAUAGCAGCCAUUUCCGACAUUCAGAGAGACCCCAAGUUUAUCAGUGGUAAAAUGACCUUUGCCUUGUGCUUAUACUCGGCAAUGUUCAUGAGAUUUGCAAUCAUGGUGCAGCCACGCAACAUGCUUCUCUUUGCCUGCCACUUUGUCAAUGAGGGUGCACAACUUACACAAGGUUGUAGAUUUAUUAAAUAUCAUUAUCUCAGUAAGAUGGAACAAUAGGUUCAAUCAAUUACUUCCACUUGCCAAAUCAAACAGAGUUUGAAAUCAGUUUUAUUCUGUAGACUGAAUAUAUUUGUUAAACGUUUUAUAAGUAUAAAACAAUUAUAUAAAACAAUUGUUUUUCAAUGAAAAAUAAAUAUAGGCAUAUGUUACAAUUCACUUUUCAUUUAUUAAUUUCCUUUUGUAACUUUAAAAGUAGAAUAUAAAAAUUAUUAACUUCAAUUACGGUUAAAGUUAAUUAAGAACUUGGUUCCUCCCGUUAUAAAUUUUUUACAUAAUUUAUUUCUUUUCAUAAAAAUAUGAAAUCUCAGAUUUGUAUUUUAAUUUUGAAAAAUGUUCUGUGAUUUUUUAUAGAGUAAAAAAAAGAAAAGUUUUUCAAAUUAUUUUAUUCACAAAACGUUGCUAUACCUAAUACAAAGUCAGAUCUUUAUUGCAUAUAAAAAGUACAAAAUAUAUUAAUACAAAGAAACCUGCAAUUAUACAUAACUUUGAGAAUUUCGACUCUGAAAUGGUCAGUGAUAAAAUUAUGUUAUUCGAAUUAUUGUUUUCUUAUAAAUACAGUCUCAACCAGAAAUAUGCUGUUCUUUUCUUGUUUUAAUUGUAUUUUGCAGAUUAAAAUAUAUGAGAAGUGGUAAUUGGUAUACUUUGUAAAAUUACAUAUAAUUAAAAAUAUUUGUAAUUUUGUAAUAUUUGUAAUUAAAAUCUUGUGGAGAUUAUGUUGUAUUGUGAGUAUAAAAAUUAGCUUUGGAAUGUUUCUAAUAUAAAAGAAUCUUAGUAUACAUAUGAAAUUUGUGUAAUCAUAUGCGUGCAUAUAUGUACAUACUAUGUGAAUGCACUGAGACUAUGAUUAAGCCUUUUCUCGGACACUUACAUAUCUUACGUCUACAAAAGUAUUUAUAUCAAAAUGUUAUACCUUGAACACACAUAUUUUUGCACAUAUUUAUGCACGGUUCUUUAUGUUAAAAUCGAAAAUAUAAAAGUCAAUGUUA